AUGUCUUUGAGCGAAAAUGGCGCUUCCAAGGGGAUUCCUAAGUUCGAUUGUCACUCGGAACCUGCCACGUUAGGACCACGCUGGACGCGAUGGUUCACAUCUUUUGAAUUGUUUGCCGAUGGCAAAGGUCUGAUUAUCACUGAAGGUACAAAUGCAACAACCAGACAACGAAGAAGAGCUAUGCUACUCCAUUUAGCGGGACAAGAUGUGCAAGAAAUUUUCUCUACUCUCGCGAACACCGGCGAAGCAACGGACUACGCCGCCGCUGUAACAGCACUGAAUGGCUAUUUUCUCCCCAAAGUUAACUCCGCUUUUGCGCGUCAAAAAUUUCACCGACUCCAACAACAGCCAGGUGAGACCGUUUUGCAGUUUGUAACCCGACUGAGAAAAGAAGGGAAAGACUGUAAUUUUGGGGCAGACUUUGACAAUCAGAUAAGAGAUGCGAUUUUAUGCAAAUGCAGGUCAGAUUAUGUCAAACGUAAAUUGCUUGAAGAAAGAGAUGAACUUACUCUCGCACGCACAUUAGAGCUUGCAGAACAGUGUGAAAGUGUAGAACACCAAAUGUCUCAGCUUAGCUUGAGUGAACAGACUACAGAAGCACACAGGGUCUAUGAAAAACCUAGGAGACCAAAAGAUCAACAAAGAAACAAAGAGAGCAAGAACAGAGACAGUCAGUGUUCUCGUUGUGGGUGGAGUGGUCACCUUGGUGGAGAUCCGAAAUGCCCUGCCAGAGGUCAAACAUGUAAAAAAUGUAAAAAGAAAGGUCAUUUUGCUAGUGUCUGCAAAACCAAACCAAAGAAGCCAGGAGUCAAUCAGGUGCAAGAAGAACAAAAACCCGAUGGGGAGCAAGUCGAUUAUGCAUUCAGGGUCACCAAUAAAGGUCAGUCAAAUAUGCUCAAAUUGUCUGUGGGUGGAGUAGAAUUGGAAAUGUUGGUGGAUUCUGGGGCCACCAAUAACAUUAUCGAUGAAUGUACAUGGGAAGAUCUGAAGGCUAAAAAGAUCAAGUGUAAAUCACAAGCAGCUCCCGUUGACAGAAAAUUGUACGCUUAUGCAUCCAGCAAACCCCUCCCAGUAAAAGGUAGCUUCACAUGUGAGGUACUAGUGGGCAGAGGAAGAGUCCAGACCGAAUUCCUGGUUAUCAAAGGAAAGGGAAUACCACUCUUAAGCAAAGACACCGCAAUGAGGUUGGGGGUGCUGAAAAUAGGUGUUGACAUUGCCACAAUUGCUGAAGGCAAACAGACGCUGCAGCAAAAAUUCCCUGAAGUGUUUAGUGGGAUAGGAAAGUUGAAGUCCAAGCAAGUAACAUUGCACAUAGACGAAACAGUGAAACCAGUAGCCCAACCCCUGAGGCGAAUUCCUUUCAAUCUGCAAGAGAAGGUAGAAAAGAAGGUUCAAGAGUUGUUGAAUUGUGAUAUUAUAGAGGAAGUAGACGGGCCUACACCAUGGGUAAAUCCAGUAGUGAUCAUACCAAAGGCAGAUGGUGACAUACGACUCUGCAUCGAUAUGAGACAAGCGAACAAGGCCAUAGUACGUGGCAGAUACCCAAUACCAACUGUAGAUGAACUGCUACACAAUAUGAAUGGUUCCAAAGUCUUUAGCAAGUUAGACUUAAAGUGGGGAUACCACCAAUUGGAACUUAAUUCAGAGUCACGACAGAUCACCACCUUUGUGACGCACAAAGGCUUGUACAGGUACAAACGUCUAUUAUUUGGCGUGUGUUCAGCGAGUGAGCAGUACCAACAUGAGAUAUCCACAGCUUUAGCUGGAAUAGAAGGAGUCGAUAAUAUAUCUGACGACAUCAUAGUACAUGGCCCGGAUCAGGCAACUCAUGACCAACGCCUAUAUAAGACAAUGGAACGCCUCAAGCAGCAUGGCUUAACUCUCAAUGCUGACAAAUGCCUAUUCAAUGUGGACAGAGUGAUUUUCAUGGGAAUUCUUCUCUCUGAAAAAGGGAUUGGCCCAACAGAAGAAAGAAUCAGAGCCUUGCAAGAAACAAGGGAACCUGCCACCGUCAGCGAAGUAAGAAGCUUCCUGGGAUUGGCCAAUUAUAGCAGCAGGUUUAUUCCUCACUUCGCUACUAUCACUGAGCCACUAAGGAGCUUGACCAGAAAGGCUGUUCCAUUCCACUUUGGACCUGAGCAGAAAACCGCUUUUAAGAUUCUGAAACAGAGCAUGGCUGACGCAGGAACACUUGCAUAUUUUAACAAAGGCGCAGCAACCAAAGUAAUAGCUGAUGCCAGUCCAGUCGGCCUCGGAGCUGUGUUACUACAGAACCAAAAUAAAGCAUGGGUGCCAAUUUGCUAUGCAAGCCGCAGCUUGACAGAGUGUGAGCGCAAGUACUCCCAGACCGAAAAGGAAGCCCUCGCUCUCGUUUGGGCAUGUGAGAGGUAUCAUGCAUACAUUUAUGGCAUGAAAUUUGAUCUGGUAACUGACCACAAACCGUUGGAGGUCAUCUACGGGCCACGUUCCAAGCCCUGUGCCCGCAUCGAACGGUGGACAAUACGGUUACAACCCUACGACUUCCGAAUUGUAUAUACUCCAGGGCAGAAUAAUAUAGCUGAUCCUCUUUCCCGCCUGCUUAAGCAAGACAAAGUGACGAGUCAUCCACAUGGGGCAGAAGAGUACAUCCGAUUCGCAGCUAUCAGUGCCACUCCCCAAGCAUUAACCACGAGAGAAGUCGAAGAAGCAUCUGCAACAGAUGAAGAAUUAAAAGUCCUGAGAGAAGCAAUCAAAACUGGCAGAUUUGAGAAGUGCAAAAACUAUGCACCAGCCGCAGGAGAACUGUGUGUGAUUGGACAGCUAGUCUUGAGAGGUACCCGUAUUGUGUUACCAAACAAACUCAGAGCUCAGGCAAUCAGCUUAGCCCAUGAAGGACACCUAGGAAUUGUGGGAACAAAGCAAAAUUUAAGAAGUAAGGUGUGGUGGCCUCGUAUGGAUAAGGCAGCAGAGAAAUUCUGCAAGUCCUGUCACGGAUGUCAACUGGUAUCUCGCCCAGACCCACCUGAGCCAUUGAGAUCCACGACAUUACCAGAAGGUCCUUGGCAAGACCUAGCUAUAGACCUCCUAGGACCACUUCCUUCGGGACACUCAAUCAUUGUUGUUGUGGACUACUACAGUCGUUAUUAUGAGUACGCCAUCAUGAUGUCAACCGUCACAGAGAAAGUAAUUGACAACCUGGAAGAGAUUUUCAGCCGCCAUGGCCUUCCUCUGACCAUAAAGUCAGACAAUGGUCCACAAUUCCGCUCCGAAGAAUUCCGGGAAUAUUGUAAGCAGAAUGGAAUUGUUCACACCAAGACCACACCAAAAUGGCCUCAAGCCAACGGGGAGGUAGAGAGACAAAAUGCAUCGCUGAUGAAGAGGAUCCGCAUUGCCCAAGCCGAAGGAUUAGACUGGGUGAAGGAGCUAAGAAGAUAUGUGACUAAAUACCGAGGUAUUGAUCACGCGACAACCGGUAAGAGCCCUGCGGAAUUAUUGUUUAACAGAAAGAUGAGAGGAAAGCUACCAGAGCUACGUGCCGACCAUCACUUGGACCUGGAAACUCGAGAUAGAGAUGCCGAAGUGAAAGCAAAGACCAAAGUAAUAGCUGAUAAAUCCAUGAAUGCAAAACCAUCAGAAGUUCAAGUUGGUGAUCAAGUCCUGGUGAGGCAAGAGAAAAGAGACAAGUUUUCCACGCCAUUUAAUCCAGUACCAUUCCAAGUGGUUAGCAAGACCGGUAACAGUGUUGUUGUGGAAACUCCAGGUGGAACGCAGUAUUCAAGGAAUACAUCCCAUGUCAAGAAGUUUGUGAGCCCUGACAAUCCGGAAGAACCACCUGUCAGUGUCGAUGUACCGACAACACCUGAAAUUACCGUGGUACCAAAUCAAGUGAUGAGUGGAUCUACACCAGUAGUGCCUACAACACCUCCCAGUAGACCCCUAACUCAUCUCACACCUUUAGCACAAGCAAGUGCAGGAAGCAAAUCUGGUACAACCUCUGCUAGUAAGAAUGCAGCAGUUGAUCAAGCAACAGUACCUAGCCCACCAGCAACACCAAAAGGUGGAAGACCUCAGAGACAGAGGAGACUCCCUGGGAGAUAUAAAGACUUUGUUUUAAAAUGUUGA